GGAAGGAAGGGGAAAUAAUGUAUCAGCGCUACAAAGCUAGCAGACAGCCGCAGUCUUGAGCUCCAGCGUGAUCCCUGAGUUCGCUCAGGGUGCUGCUGGGUUCAAGUUUCAGGGAAGAGAGCUGAUGGUUCGAGGUGGCAGAGCCCAGGGAGAAACUCCUGUCUAAGCCCAGCGUGCUCCGGGACUCAGUUUCCCGGUCCAGGGUCCUGGUGCUGAUGAGGAAACUGAGGCUCAGAGAGGUCACAUGGCUUGCUCGAGGCCCCCAAGCCAGUGUGACCCCUCAUCCCUGCCCCCUGGGCCACCUGCAGGACGCUGGCCCCUGCCCCUCAGCAGACGCCGGAGAGAGAUGAGUAGCAACAAAGAGCAGCGGUCAGCAGUGUUCCUGAUCCUCUUUGCCCUCAUCACCAUCCUCAUCCUCUACAGCUCCAACAGUGCCAAUGAGGUCUUCCACUACGGGUCCCUGCGGGGCCGCACGCGCCAGCCCAUCAACCUCAAGAAGUGGAGCAUCACCAACGGCUACAUCCCCAUUCUUGGCAAUAAGACACUGCCCUCCCGGUGCCACCAGUGUGUGAUUGUCACCAGCUCCAGCCACCUGCUGGGCACCAAACUGGGCCCCGAAAUUGAGCAGGCCGAGUGCACAAUUCGCAUGAACGAUGCGCCCACCACGGGCUACUCGGCCGAUGUGGGCAACAAAACCACCUUCCGUGUGGUGGCCCAUUCCAGCGUGUUCCGUGUGCUGCGGAGGCCCCAGGAGUUUGUCAACCGGACCCCUGAAACUGUGUUCAUCUUCUGGGGUCCCCCGAGCAAGAUGCAGAAGCCCCAGGGCAGCCUCGUGCGCGUCAUCCAGCGGGCAGGCCUGGCCUUCCCCAACAUGGAGGCCUAUGCCGUCUCUCCCGCCCGCAUGCAGCAGUUUGACGACCUCUUCCGGGGUGAGACGGGCAAGGACAGGGAAAAGUCCCAUUCAUGGCUGAGCACAGGCUGGUUCACCAUGGUGAUUGCGGUGGAGCUGUGUGACCACGUGCACGUCUAUGGCAUGGUCCCCCCUGACUACUGCAGCCAGCGGCCCCGUCUGCAGCGCAUGCCCUACCACUACUACGAGCCCAAGGGGCCCGACGAGUGUGUGACCUACAUCCAGAACGAGCACAGCCGCAAGGGAAACCACCACCGCUUCAUCACAGAGAAGAGGGUCUUCUCGUCCUGGGCGCAGCUGUAUGGCAUCACCUUCUCCCACCCCUCCUGGACCUAGGCUGCGCUGCCUGGGGGCUGCCUGAGGGACUCAGGAGCCCAGGCUCUGCGUGGGCCAUCUUCCGACCAGCCGAGGCUGCUGCCGUGUUUCUGGCCAAUCAGGGCCUUGAUGAGGGCGUGUCCUCUGGCCAAUCAGAGGUCCUGGGGCAUCUCUUGGCGAAUCAGGGAUUUGGGGUUCUUUGUGAUUUAUCAGGUGUGUCGGGGGAUCUUUCUUGUCCAGUCAGGGUCUGAGCAUAGUCAAUCAGGGUAUAGGGGUCUUUCUGAGUCCGUCUGAGGCUAAGGACUUGUCCUUUCCCAUGAGGCCUUGGUUCAGAGACCCAGGAAUGGGCCCCAAAUCACUUCCUUCUUAGCUGGGACACAGGGGUCCUGUCCCAAGGAGCUGCGAACUUACCGUCACCCCCUCAGUUCCCAGCAUCAGAAAGGGAGAUUGUGUGAGGGUGGGAACAGUCGAGACUGGUCAGAGAACUCGUGGGUUCAUGGAGGUUAGUGGGAGGCCCGUGAGGCCUCACUCUUCCUGAGUGACUUGGACAAGCCCCGCCCACUGUCCUGGCCCUCCUCCCAUUCAGGUUAUGGGGUCUGAGACCCUCCACCUCUCCGGCCACUGCCCUGUUCUCUCCAAGACAGGAUCCCCCAGCUGCUGUCCCUCACUGGGAGGGUCGGGGGCUGGGUGGGCAGGGGUGGCCUUCUCCCAACUUCUGGAAAACUUUAGGGUAUUUUUGCGCAAACUUCCCAGGGUGGAGGGUUCUGGCAAGAAGGGACAGAGCUCUAGCAGUCCCAGCCCCUCAGCUCAGCUGCCGUACCUGGCUCUUGGCGGGCCAGGUCUCCUUUUCUACCCUCUUAGGAGAGGUCUCCACCUGUCAGGGGACCCUUCUGGGCUGAGGGGGAUCCCAGACACACUGGGGCUCCAAGAGGCCUUUGGAGAUGCCAGGGGCUUCCACAGUCUCCCCCCAGGCUGGGCCUGGGGUGACUGGAGGGAGCCAGGAGCCAUCUCACCUGGGGCCAUGUCCUCGCUCAGGCACUUUAUUGAGACUGGCGCUGGGGGUUAGGAGAGUGUUUGCUCCCUGCCCUUCCAGAGCCCGGAAGGGAAGGGCUUUCGGGAAGAGGCUGUAGAGUGGGGGGCCUGGAGGCCAGCUGCGAGCCAUUGCACAUGGGGUGGGGCGCACGGUGUCAGCCCCAGACUUGGUUUUGUAAUGAUUUGUAAAGGAAUAAACACCUAAGAUCCA